UUCCCGCCAUUUACAACGCUCGCGACAAGAAAUUUCAGUGCAGAUAUCGUUGAAUCGCGUGCCUUACCGUUCAAUAUUAUAACCGUUGUUACUGUUACAUAGAAAGAGGCUGAGCCAGUAACUGACAGGAUAGGAGUAGAAACGACAAAUACAGGGCACUUCUUUAGCCGCCAGAUAUGUUGAGUGGACGCAUCUCUUUUAUGUAGACUUACAAACUAAAGAGUUUUAUCUUUUCGAAUAAGGUCUUCAACAUGGACACAACGGAUGAAGAGAGAAAUAGCAUCGACACAUCACCAAAAUAUACAAAACCCGAACAGAAAUGGAUUGACGAUAUGCAUUCGGGGGAUUCGACGAAACCCACAAAAGUUAAUUUCUGGAAACUGUUUAUUGCUAAUUGGUAUUAUGUAGUGACUUAUUGUUUAGUCUUUGGCAGUUUUGGUGUGUGUGUAGGAUUUUUGGGACCGACUGUUUUUGAUUUAGGGUGCCAAACAAACUCAGAUUUACGGAGUAUGAACUGGGUGUUCUUUGUACAACUUAUUCUAACUUUGAUCGGAUCGAUUUCCGCCGGUUGUUUAGCUUCAAGGGUGUAUAAUCAUCUGUUACUAUUAAUAGGAGCAGUGGGUGUGUCAUGUGCAAUGAUGUUAAUCCCAUCGUGUACAAGUUUUGGUGGAUUGUUAGUGGUUUUAAUGCUUAUGGGAUGGUGUAUGGGUUGCCUUGACUGUAUUGCUAACUUAAGAAUGAUUCUAUUAUUUGGACGGAAUGUCUCCCCAUUUUUACAGGCGAUGCAUUGUUUUUAUGGAUUUGGAGCCUUUGUUAGUCCGAUGAUUGCGUCAUCUUUCUUAUUAAAUAGAGAUUGUUCUCCAUUUGUUGAUGGUUUCACACUGGAACCACCGCAAGAGAGUGUCAAAAUUGGAUUAAAUAAAACCAUUGAUGUUCCACCACAACCACAGAAAGUUUUCCGUUACACUCACAUGUCUAAAUUACCCUAUGCUUUCUACAUACUAGGUGGUUUACAGUUGGCCGUAGCUGCUGUAGUUUUAAUGCUGGUUAUUAAAGAAAGAUUUGGUAGUGUAGCAAUACAAGUACCGUUUGUUGAUACAGGGGAGACAACUAUCGUAGAACCAUCAAAUAAUGAUGGAAGUUUAUUGUCGAGACUCAACUGCUGUGCAUUUGGUCCGAAGCAAGUUUUAUUCAUUACAAUUAUAUCUUCAGUUAUAUUAUUUAUAUUUGAUGGCUUACAGUCUUCCUAUGCCAAUUAUAUUUAUUCUUAUGCUCAAGAAGCAGAUGUACCGAUAGAAAAAUAUGAGGGAGCCAUUUUAGAUGCAUGUUUCUGGGGUCUGUUUUCAUUUGGUCGUCUAAUAUCUGUAUUUUUUGCCGCCAAAUUUACAGCAGCUUUCAUGUUACUGUGUAAUAUUGUUGGUACUGCCUUUGCUAUUUUAAUAACAAUAAUAUUUCGUUCCAAUCAUGUUGCGAUAUAUUUAGGAACAUGCCUAGUUGGAGUGUUUGUUAGUUCAAUGUCUCCAUCAGCUAUGUCAAUGACUGAACAAUAUAUUGAUAUAAAAGCAUCAAUAACAACAUGUCUAGUUGUGGCUGCAUGUUUAGGAGAAGCUUUAUGUCCUAUUAUUGUUGGUAAUUUGGUUGUGAGUAUGGGAUCAGUGAGUUUCUUAGCUUUCUGUUUUACAAUGACACUAGUUUCUUUACUGCUCUACUGGGCUCUCUUUGCAGCUGGAAAAGAGAUGCCAAAAUUCAUUGCUGGAGGGAAAAGAUCGUUUGUUUUUCUGCGUCCGACUCCUGGAGAUGGAAGUGAUGAGAAUACUAUCAUUGAUCCAUCUAGCGUUAAAUAUUAUACACGUAUGCCAGAGAGCGACAGCAAAGUGGAAUUGGCUCCCUUACCUGAUAAAAAUAAUAAAACAAAUGGAAUUUUAAAUGAUUUGUAACAUUAAUAUGUUUAAUUAUCUGUGUAUAUAAUAUUUUGUAUAUAGAAUAUUGUGAAUCUGUGAUUUUAUUAAAUUACUGUCUAUGUCAGAUUUACCAGGGACUUGCUUUCAGUUAAUCACACUUAAGGGAAGGGAGGGAAUUGAAACGGCAUAUAUAUGGAGGCAGAUCACCACUAAAUUUCACCAUCUCGGUACCCACAAUAUGUAGUUCGUCUAUUUAUAGCAAUUCUCUCUUUGGAUGAAUAGGGUUUGAAUUAACAUUUUCUGUCAGGUUUUGGUAACUAUUGAUGAUUUUGAGGCGGAAGGAUAACAAGGUUAUCAGGUUGGUUAUGGUGAUAUGUACGGCGAAUAGUUACAUGUUUUUAGUAUGCUUCUUCAAGUUUGUGUAUCUUAAAAUUUUGGUGGUCAACCUCAUACAAAUUUUGGUACAAAGACAUGACCAUUUGUUUCUCUGUCUGUAGUGAAAAGCAUUCAGCCCAACGAAAAUUUGGGGAAAAGUUGGAGCCGGGCAAAGAGGCCAGAAUUAACAUUGAAGUCAAUGGGAAAAUUAAUGGUGGUCUGCCUCCAUACCGGUUAGCAAGUUAGAUCAGUAACUAAAUGGUUGUAUAUUCAGUCCUGGCACUAGCCGGUUGUUGAAUCGCUAUGUCCUUUGAUAAGCCAUUUUAUGCCUGUAUUCCAUACUACCAAGCUGUAAAUGGAUACUGGUAGGAUAGCUUGCUUAAAAAUACCCCACAUUACGCAGCAUGAUUAAAGUCUGCAAUUCAGGAUGUGACUUACGGUUAAAGAAUCAAGUGAAAUAAAAGAUAUACCACAGACUUUCAUUCUCCAAAAAGUAUACAUGAUUAUGAUCAGUGAAAUGCAAGUUUUGGGGAAAUCUGAAAUAGACAAUAAUUAUUUAUUCAUUGUGAUAGUUGAACAUUGGUUGUGUAAAGCUGUGAGUUCUUUAAUACAAAUUAUAAUGGUGCAUUAUUCAGAUUGUUUUGUUAUCUUUAUUGUUUUGUUAAUUUAUCAAAGCUGUUUGUUUCUAGAGUAAAUAUUAACAUCAAAAAAGGAAAAAUAAAUGAAAGUACAAUUUAAUUUUAAACAAAUCAAAGAACACUAACAAUUAACAUACUAUGGAAGAAGAAUUACUAAUUAAUUUGUUUAGGCGACAUUUAGAUGAGUAUUCUGUCAACUGAACUUGUGUGGAAACUUUGAAAACAUUGCCUAUAUAAAUAAGUAAUUGUUCUUUUAUAGUAUGUGUUAUAGUUUUUAGCUCUACCCGGUUACUAAAUGCCUCUACAGGAUUAACACUCUGUACAUUGAAACUUUUGAUAUUAUGGAAGAUCCACAAACAAUGUUAAUAUUUAGUCAAUUUUAAUGUCACAUCACUAGAAAUGUUGCUUGUAAAGUACUGUGUUUAUAAUUCAUUGACCAAUAGAGAAUGUUUCUAAUAGUUUCCCCAUCAGAUUUAUUCAAUUUCAAUUAAACCUUCUGGUGGUUCCCUGCUUUUAUCAGUGUUGAUUGGUCAGAAUAUUAAUGGUGAUGGAUCCAAUCUAAGUACUAAUAAUUGAAGUAUCAUCGUGGUACCAUUUUUUCUCUAUUCUCCUGUGUUUGUUAUAAAUGCAUUAUUUUGACGACCUUCUCAGGAUUUAGCAUCCAUGUAUGGUUAAAGAAAUAAAUACAAUGUUUUUAUAUGUUACAUGCUCUCAAAUUACCUGUGAUAAUAUUACUUUUUUUUCUAAAAUGUAACAAUUCUUUAAUUAAAGGUGCAACAUGCUAGAAUACAUUUGAUAUAGAGUUUAAGUCUAUUACUGUACCCAUUCACAAAUAGUUUACUUACAAAUUAUAUAAAUCCUGAAAUUAUUGAUAUCGAUAAAUUUUUGAACUUAUACUUAUUUUAACUGUAUCUGUGUCAGUGUUAAAAAAAAAACUCAACCCAAUAUCAAUACAUUAUGCAAAUUUAUAAAUUCUAACUAUUCUCAGUAAAUCUGGUUUGUUGAUUUUAUGAUUAUAAUAAAGCGUUCCUAUGGUAAUAUAAAUUGGCACAAGUUUAAUCAAAAUAAAAACAAUUUGUGAUAAUUCUCUGGUGUAUUAUAUAAAAUGUUAAUGUGUUUAAAUGUAUGUUCUCUAAACACUAAGAAUUGUAGUUAUGGCUGCACUAAGUUGUGUUUGAUUUUAUAUGAUGACAGAACACAUGGAAUUGUAAAAGAUUAUUUAUUUUUAAAUAAAUGACAUUAUUUAAAUACUUAAUUAUGGAUAUAAUUUAGCAGUGGCCAUAAAAAUAUUUGUGAUAUUUUCACACAAAAGAAUAUUAGUUUACCCCUUAAAGUUAUUGCUGUCUCUACCUAUAUGUGUAUCUCAUGUUAGUGUUUGGCUGAAGUUUUUAUUUAUUAUUGUUAAAUCAGAGGCUAAUUCCAUACCAUUAAAUCAACAUAGGAAAGAUGUAUAUUUUUUUUGUAUUUGUUCAUUUUUUCACAUAGAAGAAUGAAUUAAUUAAAAUAUAAUAUGCAUGUAUUAUUAAGGUAUAAAAUUUAGAGACGUAUCUUUAAAGUUUUAUGGAGCCAAGGUGACAAAUUGAGUAAUAUGCUGACUCGCUAGCCUGGAGGUCUCAGGUUCGAUCCAGGUGUUGGCCGAGAAAGUUCAUUGAGAUUUUCCGGCAUGGUUUCCUCUUGUCAGUGGUGCAGGACAGAGGGCCUGACAACGGCAGUUGUCUAGUCAUUUGGAUGGAAUUAAAAACCAAGGUCCUGUGUAUGCAUUGGCAUGCUUGAAAAGAUCCCUUGGCAGGUGGAAUUCGAUAUAAGAGUAGGCUGUGCCGCCGCUGUCCAGGCAAAUCUUCCCUUAUAGCACACUGUAUGGUGUAUGCCCUCAUUAACUCAGAGUUUUAUUUUGUUUUCUAUAUUAGUAAACAUCCAGACUUUUUAAUAAUUAGUUUUUUUGUUGUUUUUGCUUAAAGAUAAGAUUAAAACAUAUAAUGUUAAAUAAUCUUUUAAUUUAUAUUGUUAUUUAUGUAAAUGAAAUAUGUAUUAAAGUGAUGUAUAUAUUGAAUGUUUUCUAUUUGAUAAUAUUCAUUGUUUUUAUCUGUUAUCAUGAUGUAUUGUAUUUACAAAUUAAUGCUCAUGUAAUUUCUUGAUUUGUAUGUAAAAUAAAGGUAGUGAU